ACGUCACGUGAUUUCCCUAGUUACGGUUGUUGUUGGGGUCCGUUGGACAUGAAUAGGUGUUAAAACAUUUCUUGCCUCGAUAUUUAUUUCAGUACCAACAACAACCUUCGGAGAGUAGUUACACAAAUAUCGAGAUGCAUCAAGCUGAAGAAGGGACCAUUUACAACCUUAUUCCUGUAGAGGAGUUCAAGCCACCUAAAGAUGCAAGGCAUGCAUCCAAGUUCAAGUCCACAGUGCGAGAUGAGUUUAAGCACAACAAAGCUGACCACAAAACUAUGGGCCAGGCCAAAGUACCAGUGCCUACAACAGAUAACUUCCUGAAGAAAAGGGAAAAGGAACCAAAGCUACCAACAAAACAAGAAUACAAGUACCCAGAUGAGGAACGCAAGAAGCCAGCAGUGCCCAAGAAAGAUGACAAGCCACUAAUGGGCUUAAAGACAACCAAGAAUUUCAUCACUAAUAAUGCAGUGGAAAACAUCACAUCUGUUCCGAAGAAGCCGGAGAAGAAGUUUGCUGAUACCCGUAUUGGGGACACACAUGCACUGGAGCCGUCUGGCCUGGAACCACAUUUCAUUCACAAACAGGAAUAUGGUGAGGUUCCAACCUAUCUACAGCGCCGCAAGGUUGAGAUGGAUCGUGCACAGGAAGAAUAUGAUCAGUAUGUUGCAGAGCACUUCCGCCGUGGAGCAAUGCGAUCCCUAACAGCAGAAGAACGGGAUGCAAUCAUUGAUGGGCUGAAAGCCAACUGGGAGGACAUACAUGACCAGUACCAGGGCCUCUCUGUUGUCACGGAUACAGCGCCAAAGAAGAACCGGAAGGAGCGAAUGGAAGCUCAGAUGAAACAGCUUGAAAGAGACAUUGAAAUCUUUGAGAAACAUAGAGUAAUCUACAUUGCUGAUUGAAUCAUGUAUUGUAGAAUCUUUCACUUUGAGUAAAAAUAAUGUUUUGUCAUGUGGUUUUAUGUGUCUGUUUGAUAGCCUGAAAAAGCAUCUUGGAAAGUAGACACAUUGAAACUGAAUCAUGAAGUUUUAAAACAAUUCCUGGCAAAAUUGUAGAGAUUGUUUGUGGUGUUCCUGCAUGGGCCAUGUCCAGGUUUAUGGAACAACUUCAAAAGUUUGGUUAAGAUUUUCUGUAUUUGGAUGUGCCUCCAUUGUUCUGUACAUAGUGCCCUACUUGUAGUUCUUACACAAUUAGCUGAUUUGUUUUAGAGCUUUAUGGUUCAAAAUUGACUGAAUGUUUAAUUAUCAUUUUUGGGAAUAUAGCACAACACAUUCAACAUAUAUUGAAUAUGAACUGUACCUAUUAUGUAUUAUUCACAACUUUGGGUUUGUGUAAAUAUAAUUCAUUUUUAAUAAGA